AUGGAAAUGUGUUUUCUACGUGCUCUACUUUUCGUCGCCCUGUCAGCUUGGACUUUAGCAGACGAUGGACAGGUGACAUUUGUCUCGGAGCUCUCGUCCAAACCGGCUCAGAAGUUGUCAAAGUACGGUUGGUAUGGCAACGUGAGGCUGCAGAGGUUUCAUAUACCAAAGGAAACUGCCAUCGCCCGCUGGCUGUUCUCCGUCACCAAGGGCAACAACUUCAACUGUGGAAAGCACAAUGUCACCAUCCAUAUCCAACACGGUGCUCCUCCAGUCAUAAAUCCAACAGGGAAGGUGUUUCCCAAUGCAACACUAUGGAGCCCCCCUCUGUCUCUGAUCCUACCGGUGACAUCACAAAGCUCCAUGACCUUUAACCUCUCCAACCCUGCUCCCGGAGACUGGUUCGUUGGUGCCCACCUGCCUGAACAUGAUGGGCGUAUUGAGCAGAAGGGGUUUCCAUCUUGUUCGUACCUCUUCCAGCCUCAGCUGUCAAUCAGGAGAGCGGUGGACACUCCCAUCAUGCAGCAGGGCACAUUCCUCCAGCAGACCGCAGCUCCUGACACACCUGCACGCCUUAAGUUAUAUGUUCCAGAGUUUGCGUCCUCCCUCUCGGUCUCCGUGUCGGACUGUUCCUCUGGUGAGGCAGCAGGCGAUGGGAACUGUUCCCUGGUGCUCCGGCUGGGCUCCACCUCCCUGCAGCAGCGCCCGGUAACAGUGAACUGCUCAGGGAUUGGCUGCUCAGCUACUCUUUCCAACCCGCCUUGGGAUACCUGGUUACGGGUUGUUGUGGAGAGCGGCCUAGACAACCGCACCGUCACCUUUAGUAUCGUCUCAAACUACACAGUGGGGUGUAAGCCAAAAAGUGUCGGCCUUAAAGUAAAUGACGACAUCAACACGCUCCGCAGCAAGAGCAACCUCACCAACUCAACAUCAGCCGACAACGACACGGUGGUUACAGACGCGGUCGCCCCGAGCAACGACUCAGCAUCCCCGUUGACGCCACUGCUGGCGUCGGCGUGCGUGUGGAGCAUCCCCGUCCUCUACGAGGAGCUGGAUGUCCUGUCCAUGCGCUUCACUCCCGCUAACGGACCCAACGUCAGCGUCACUGACACACACCCUACGCUGCUCACCUACCCCCUGCACACACAGGCAACCGGGGGGACGCUCAACCUGCAGCUCACACUCAACACUACUAAUAUAACCAUGGCGAACAGCAGCAGUGUGGUGGCCUGUCUCUCUCCCUGGGCUCCAGUCCUCGACCUGAACCACUCUCAGCCCUGCCGCACAGCUUUGUUCGGAGGGUACGGAGUCCGUGUGAACGUCAGUGAUCCUAAAGCUGUGGUCAGGCUGCCUUUCCCUCAGUCAACAACAUGGUACCUCACCCUGCAGCUCACAUGCAACAGCAGUGACUGUGGUAAUGCCUCCUUGGUGUCUGUGGUCCCUGAGGUGUUCCUCAGUGCCUGUGUGGAGGACUGUGGGAAAUAUGGAGAAUGUAGACUGCUCAGAUCCUACAGCUACCUGUACGCCGCCUGUGUCUGCAAGACUGGGUGGAGCGGGUGGGGCUGCACCGAUGGCUCCUCAGCUCAGUCGUACGGUCGCCAGCUGACGGCCACUCUGCUGCUCACGCUCAGCAACCUGGCCUUCCUGCCCGCCACCGUGGUGGCCGUCAAACGCUGCUUCAUCACCGAGGCCUCCGUCUACCUCUUCACCAUGUUCUUCUCCACGUUCUACCAUGCUUGUGACCAGCCGGGUGUAGCAGUAAUGUGUAUAAUGGACUACGAUGCCCUGCAAUACUGUGACUUCCUCGGGUCAAUCUGUUCCAUUUGGGUCACCAUCCUGUGCAUGGCCCGCAUCAAAGACAUAUUCAAAUAUACUCUGUUUAUGCUCGGGGCUCUGCUUAUAGCCAUGUCAAUGCAGCUGGACCGAAAAGGCCUGUGGAACCUGCUGGGCCCUGUCAUCUGUGCCAUACUGCUCAUGGUCACUACCUGGGUGUACCGAGGGGUGCGGCGCCGACACUGUUACCCACCUUCUUGGAGGCGCUGGGUCCUCUUCCUGAUCCCCGGAGCAGUCUGCGCUCUUGUGGGGGUUUGUUUGUACAUUUUUGCUGAGACGGAAGACAACUACUACUACACCCACUCACUGUGGCACAUCCUGGUAGCCAGCUGCGUGGUGUUCCUGCUGCCGCCAAAGGAGAAAAACAGGGAGGUGCUGGGCUGGAGCAGAGGCUGGAGCUGGACCUGGAGCUGGAGACCCCAGGUCUGUGGCUACACGCUAUGUCAGAAUGACAAGGACGAACUCUACACUGUCACGUAGUAGGACAGGAACCACUGUAAGGAAGUGACGAAGCAUUGAUAGUUUAACGGCACUGUAAACAAUCACAAAAGGUAAAAAGACACACGGGUAGGGUAACCUCUGUCAUUUUUUUAAACUGCAUCCUAUUUACACUUGUUUUCCUGUCUAAGUGGGAUGGGAACACCAUUUUCUUUUUUAUUGGCAGCCAUAGCUUUCUUGCGGGGUCUGCAACGAUCGUUCAUGGCAAAUCCGAAACUUCAGAGAACGUUGACAAAAAAUAUUCUGUUUUUUUCACUGACAUGCUCAAUUUGUUAUAUCAUUUUUUUGACAACAUUAUGGAAAGGACCCUUCAGAAAGUUAAAUGUUUUUCACAUGAGCGUAUUUAGCUAAUUCAGCGAAUUCUGAGAAUUUUGAUGCGAUGCAAGAUAUCAGAAAAAUACUUCUCUUUCAGCAAGACUUGCACAAUUAUGUAAGGAAAACAUUUUAUUUCUCUUCUUUUCUCAUGAUGCCCGAUAUUAUUACUUCACAGCCCAUUUAAACCAUUAAUAACAAUUUAAGUCCCCAUAAGGCACUUAAACAAAAAACAGGGUUCAAGUUGAAUAGUACUGGAGUUUUCCUUUAUGACUCUGACUCUUCAAAGUGUAUUAGUAUGUUUAAAUACUAAAAUACCUUAAAGGUUUGUAAAAUUCUUCAAAUUUAAGUUUGGGAAAUACAUACCACAUUUAAUCCAAAUGGAACCUGCUAAUACCUAAGGCGGUCCCUUCCACAAGCGAGGGUAUAAACAGCCAAACCGUCAGGUGGCACACCAACUGACCUUUGACCUCAUGACGGUCAAUUGUACAUAUUGUGUAUGUACAUAUUGGCUACACAAUUAAUCUUUUGAAUAUUUAUUAGGAAUCAGACCCUGUGGAGCUCUUUCAAAUCUUUAUAUUCUGCCUAUUGUAUGAUAAAGUAUAACAUAUAUUUAUAGUCAAUUUAAACACUCCUCAUUCUUGUAUCCUCUUGUAUUGUCUUUUUCCACCCAGGCCUGGGCUAAAACUUUAUGAUCUAUUUUAAGAUAUGCUUGUAUUUUAACCGCCAUGUGGUUUAAACAGCCUUUAAAAUGUUAUAUUUACUAGCUAAUAACAAAAUUAUUAGUUAUUUCAAGCUUUUUUCUGAAAUGAAUCAUUGAAUAAAAGUGAUCAAAACAGCUCAAAUAAAUUGCUUAAAGGGGCCCUAUUAUGCUUUUUGGGGUUUUACCUGUAGUUUGUUAUUUAGGUCUUUGUGCAUGUAAAUGGUCUUCAAAGGCUAAAAUCCCAAAGUUGCCU